AUGGAUAUCACUACUUUUAUCGUCGCCUCCAGAGACCAGGCCAUGCUGGAGGGUGGCUAUUCCGCGUAUCGGACUCAGCUGGCCGGCCGACUGCGCAACUGCCGGAAGAGGCUCAACAUUGCGACCAAGAGUCGCGCCAAGUAUCAUGCCCGGCCCCAGCUUACCCCUGAGGUUCUGGCUGAGAACAAAGAGUACCUUCACCUUCAUAUAAUGACCGCCGAGCGCGCCUGGGCCCACGCAAUGGCCAUGAAGUCAGCACACGCUGCCGACAACAAGGGCAUCACGGGGGGUACCCGCUCACACAUAGUUUCCCGUCUACAUAAGGCUACCAGGACGGCCGAGCAACUGGCCGAGGUGCUGGGAGGAGAGGGCAGUGGCGCGAACCAAACCGAUGUCUUAGAGGCACGUGCGUAUGCUGCGCUACUCAGGGGUGCUGAGCAUCUCGAGAAACACAGUUGGGAGGAAUGUCUGAGGAGCUACUCGAUCGCGCGCAUCAUCUACAGCGCCCUGACAUCGGAAAGUAAGAAGGAUACCUUCAAGGACCUGUUAUCUGAAACCAUCGACCCAUCCAUUCGCUACGCCGCGUAUCAGCUCAAGUCGCCAAGAUCCCUCACGAUUCCGACCAUCGCCCGCAAGGCAUUCCCCAAAGAUGACGAGAACUUGGUUUCAAGCAUCCAGGCAAUUAAUCCUGAAGCUCUUGACGAUACAGAGGGAGACGCCAAGAUGGGAGGCACUACUCCCACCACUAUUACCUUCAGGUCUCGCGAGGUUCGCAUUGAGGAUGCUGCCAUAGCUACUGCUUGGCUUGCAGUUCAAGAUGCAAAGACCACGCUGGCAGAGAAGCUGUCAGCUGGGAGCUUGUCGCCCAAGGAAAUGGCCGCCGCUUACGAUGACGUUCUCGCCGCAAGCCAGGACUCUGUCGAUGCCACUAAGCAAGCCAUUGACGAGUUGAAAGCGGACGGUGUCCCCCAGGGAGAUUCGCGCAUGCAGAGCCUUGCUGUCACCAGGACAGCAGUAAAUUAUGAGAUGAUCAGCUGGAGGAUCGGCCGGAACCGUGUUCUUUCGGGCGACAGGGACGGCGCAGUCGUGCAAAAGCACAUUCACUUGAAUAAAAGGAGAAAGUACAAAGAAGAAGAGGGUGGUGAGCCUGACCGGCCAAAGCCCGAACCUGUUGGUCGCCAGCUUGCCAGAUUAAAAGAGAAAACGGUACUUUAUGACGGCAUAAUGCAGAGUCUCGAGUCUAUCAAGGAGCUUCCUGGUGUGGCCGCUGAAGAUGAGCUAUCUGCACGGUUGAACGCUACCUCGAGCUACUUCGACGCCCUCAAGUGUUUGGCCAUUGGGCGGUCCCACGCCAUUGUCGGGAACCUAGUAAACUCAUUGGCUCUGAUAAAACACGCCUUGGAACAAGCAAAAAUGGCCGUUUCGAUCCUUGGAAAGCCCUCAGCUUCAACAAACGCGCCGUCUCUACGUAAUAUUGACGUGUCCUCCCAAGACGCACAAUUUCUCGGCGAGCUCCUUGAUGGCGAAGUGCAGCGAUACCGAGCACUAGUUGACAUUGACAACAUGCGCAAGGAGGGCAAGAUUCCAGCAACGGACGACUCUUUGCAGCCAUUAGCGGACAAGCUGGCACGCUAUCCUGCUCGGGAUGUCGAUCUGCAGAAUAUCGUGACAUAUCCUCCUACAUUAGGAGUGAUUCCUGUGAAGCCCAUCUUCCUGGAUCUUGCGUUUAAUUAUAUCCAAUAUCCAGACGACGGGAAGAAGCCAGCAGCAGGCGCAGCUGAGAAAUCUUCAGAGAAAGCUUCGCAGCCUGAACAAAAACAGCAGAAAAGGGGAUGGUUUGGUUUUGGACGAUGA